AUGCCGCGACUUUCGCCCGAAUCUCAAAAAGCUCUGGAUCGGUUGAGGAAUUACACUUCUCCGCACACAGUAUGGCCAGACAUGCCUCUGUCAAGGAAAGCAGCUGUGCUCAUCCUUCUCUUUGCCGAUGAAAACGGAGGGCUGAGAGUCGUCAUCACCAUGCGUUCAAGCACUCUGAGCUCUUAUUCUGGACAAGCUGCCUUGCCCGGCGGGAAGGCAGAAGAAGGAGAGACGGCAUUUGAAGCGGCGAGAAGAGAGGCUUCUGAAGAAAUUGGCUUGCCGAGACGUGAUGCCUCUCUCCCACCGCCUUUCCGAGUCGAGCAUCUUUGUGAAAUGCCGACCAACCUCGCCAAAACUGAGCUAGUGGUUCGACCAUGCAUUGCAUUUCUACACUCGUAUGAUCCUGAGACUGGUCUGGACGCAAAUGUGGGUGAGAAGCUUCUCCCUAGGUUGGAUGCCCGAGAGGUUGCUGCAGUCUUCUCCGCUCCUUUCAAGAAUUUCCUCUACAUGGAAGACCUCCCGGACCAGCCUGACCUACCUGGCAAACCUAGUGAUUGGUACAAAGGUUCUUGGACAGACUGGCACCAAAGUAGGUGGAGAAUGCACAAUUUCUUCGUCCCUGUCACCAAUCAAAUUGUCACGAAGCCGAAACGAAAUGAGGGGCAGAAGGUGGCCGCGAGUCACCUGGAUAGAUUGGCGCGGUAUAGAGUGUUUGGCAUGACUGCGAGAAUCUUGACCGAUGCCGCUCGAUUCGCAUACGACCAGGAACCUACCUUUGAACACAACAGCCAUUUCGGUGACGAAGACAUGAUUAUCCGGCUCCGUCGUAUUGGACGAUUGGGACAUGUGAGAAAGCCAGGGGACGAGUUGACAAAAGAAGAUUUGGCCAAAGCGGCCAACUUGUGA